AUGGCGCAGCAGCAACAAAAUAUUGAUACUCGUUUUACCAUGCCAUUUCCUCAAUCAUUUGUGCCCCUCGUUUCUUCUGAAAUACCAUCGCAGAAACAAAUGCUACCAAAGGUCAUACUACCUUCAAAUAUGACAGCUGGUGCUACUCAACGUGCCCAACGUAAACGUAAGAAACCAUCAACUUUAUCGGCAGAUUCGUUAGCCAACGCUGGUUUAAGCACUAAACGAUCAAAAUUGUUGAAUAUGGUAUUUUAUGAAGCUGGUAAAUAUCCAGCAGCCACUAUUCAUGAACUUCGCCCAGAUAUUACGCCAGAUAAAUACAUAUUUCAAGAAGAAGAAUUAAUAACCAAUAAUCGAAAGCAUAAACGAUAUCACUGCAAAUUGCAAAUUGAUCAAAUACAAGCUAUUGGAAUAGGAAAAUCAAAACAAAUUGCAAAAAAUAUGGCCGCACAACAAGCUCUUAUCCAGUUAUAUCCAACUUAUCGUCCACCAACAGAAGCUAUUUUGUCUGAAUUAUCAUCCAAUGUUCAGAGUGGCAGUGGUAGUAUUUAUGGUGACACAUUGUCAACAACUAGUGGUUCGGAUCCUCAAGAACAAUAUCGUAAAUAUUUGACAACAACAUCGAUUGCUCUUAAAACGCCAGUUCAACUAUUUAAUGAAUUAUUUCGUAUGUCAGGCAAAAUAAAUUUAAUCAAAAAUGAUGAAAAUAUAUUUAUUGUCAAAGUACAAGCAUUUGAUCAAACUUUCUUUGGUUUAUCAUCGUCAAAAAUCAUAGCACAAAACGAAGCAUGUCAACUCGCAAUUGAAACAUUGUGCAAUGUAUCAUUCAGAGAUGCUAAAACUGAAUUUUUCCAUGGUUUACAAAAAUUAAAUAAACUUAAUUUGAAUGACGAUGAACAUGAAACAAUGAUCAGAGAAGAUGAAACAACAUGA